AUGACCUACGUCGAUCAGGAACAACUUGAAUUUCAACAAGAAGUUGAAAGAGUAAAACAAUGGUGGGCUUCUCCUCGUUUCAAACUUGUCAAACGCCCUUACACUGCUGAAUCUAUUGUCUCAAAGCGUGGCACUUUCCCUACUCAAUACAGAUCAAACGAACAAGGAAAGAAAUUAUGGCAGAUCCUUCAGCACAACAAAGCUACUGGUGGAACCUCUCAUACUUUUGGUGCUCUUGAUCCUGUCCAAGUCACUCAAAUGGCUCCUCAUCUCGACACUGUCUAUGUUUCAGGCUGGCAAUGUUCUUCUACUGCUUCUACUUCUAAUGAACCAGGACCCGAUCUUGCUGACUAUCCUAUGGAUACAGUUCCCAAUAAGGUCGAGCAUCUCUUCUUUGCACAAUUGUUUCACGAUAGAAAACAACGUGAGGCCCGCCUUGCAAUGUCACCCGACGAAAGAGCCCGCACUCCCAAGAUUGAUUAUCUACGGCCUAUUAUUGCCGAUGGCGAUACUGGCCAUGGUGGUAUAACAGCUGUUAUGAAGUUGACCAAGAUGUUCGUUGAACGUGGUGCAGCCGGUAUUCAUGUCGAAGACCAAUCUCCUGCUACUAAAAAGUGUGGGCAUAUGGCUGGUAAAGUUUUGGUACCUAUUGCUGAACAUAUAAAUCGGCUCGUCGCUAUCCGUGCUCAAUAUGAUAUAAUGGGAGUGGAAAACAUUGUAGUUGCUCGUACUGACGCUGAAGCUGCUACUCUAAUUUCAAGUAACAUUGAUCCCCGCGAUCAUGAAUUUAUUGUUGGGGCUACCAACCCCAGUUUAAGACCUUUAGCUACUUUACUGCAAGAAGCCGAACGUCAAGGAGUUCAAGGAAGUAAACUUCAGGCUAUCGAAGAUGGUUGGGUUGCGAAAGCUGGUUUAAAGCGCUACGGAACUGCUGUUGCCGAAGAAUUGGUGGCUCUAGGUAGAGGACAUUUGGCUGAAAAAUAUUUGAGUGAAAUUCGGUUCAAGUCAAAUGCAGAAGCUCGUGCUAUUGCUAAAGAUCGAUAUGAUGUUAUUAUUCAUUGGGACUGGGACGCUUGUCGUGUACGUGAAGGCAUGUAUCGCUAUGAUGGAGGUACUGAAGCCGCUAUUGCACGUUCGAUUGCAUUCUCUGAAUAUGCUGACAUGCUUUGGAUGGAAACAAAGAAGCCUAUUUUGUCACAAGCUGAACAGUUUGCUAAAGGUGUAUUGAGCAAAUCCCCCAAUUCUUUGCUGUGUUAUAACUUAUCACCUUCAUUCAAUUGGGAUGCUGCAGGUUUAAACGAUCAAGAUAUGGGCACAUAUAUAGAGAAACUAGGAAAACUUGGAUUUGUUUGGCAAUUUAUUACAUUAGGUGGUUUACAUGCAAACGCUCUAGCAACUGCUACUUUUGCUAAAAGCUUUAAAGAGAGUGGAAUGUAUGGUUAUGUUUCCAACGUGCAACGUAAAGAGAGAGAACACGGUGUAGAUGUUUUACAGCAUCAAAAAUGGUCAGGUGCCAACUAUGUUGAUGAAUUAAUGAAGGUUGUGACAGGUGGUAUAUCAGCAACUGCUGCUAUGGGCGAAGGCGUUACAGAAGAUCAAUUCAGAAAUUAA